AUGAAACAAGAAACCGUGCAUGUCUGUUAUCUUCCGUUGGCACACAUAUUCGAACAACUUAUUACGAAUGUGGUCCUGUUGGUUGGAGGUCGCGAAGCAUUUCUCACAGGCGGUCCCGAAACUCUUAUGGCGGAUAUCCGUCAAGCGCAACCAACCAUGCUGGUAGCCGUGCCACGUGUACUUACUCGACUUUACACAGAAUAUCACAAGAAAAUUCCCAGUCUCCGUUUCGUCAAAAAAAUGCUAAAUUAUACUAUUAAAAGGAAACAUGAUGAGCAGUCUAUGGGCAAAUUUGAUCAAUGCAACACUAUAGAUCUACUACUGUUUAAAAGAUUUCGCAACGCAUUUGGUGGCCGCGUGUGUUUGAUAUUAGCAUCUGGGGCACCACUGAUUCCCGAAAUUUCACUGUUUUUUCGAGCUGCAUUGAACUGUCCG